AUGGAUUUAAGUAAAGCGAUAUAUGCGCCUCAAGUUGCCUCUGAGGUUAGUGCCUUGGUUGGUCGGCUAAAGGAGUCUUGCAAAAAGCCUGCAAAGAAGUCUUUUAUGUGCAAGGAGUCCAUUUUUAAUGAUGUCGGGUCGCAUCAAAAUCUCGUUGUUAGCUCAUGGCGAUUCCGAGAAUGGGACUACCGUCGCACUGACCUACCAGUCUACGCUCGAGGACUUUUUACCGGAAAAAAUGAAAAGGAUCAAGACGAGAUUAUCAUUCGUGGAUAUGACAAAUUUUUUAAUAACGAUGAAGUGAGCGCAACAAAGUGGAACAAUAUAGAAACAACUACCCAGGGACCAUAUGAAGUAAGUCUGAAGGAAAACGGCUGCAUCAUAUUCAUAAGUGGUCUUUGUGAUGGGUCACUGCUAGUUACAAGCAAGCAUUCUACGGGAUCGCGAGAUAGCGGAAUAUCUCACGCUGUAGCUGGAGAAGAGCGGAUCAAUUUACAGCUUGCCAAGCUUGGUAGAGCUAAGGAAGACCUUGCUAUGGAACUUCGCACCAGAAACGUUACAGCCGUGGCAGAGCUGUGUGAUGAUAGUUUUGAGGAGCAUAUCCUUCCGUACACAGGAGAAAACUCUGGGCUAUAUCUACACGGGCUUAAUCUAAACAUUCCAAAAUUCGUAACCUAUCCAGGCAUCCAUGUUCAGGAUUUUGCUGAAAAAUGGGGGUUUCGAAAGACGGAAUCCGUGGUCUUCAAAGAUAUCAAAGCCACUAGGAAUUUUCUCGAAGAAGCAGCAAAGACUGGGAGUUACAAUGGUCGAAAUGUUGAAGGGUUUGUCAUUCGAUGUAAGGUUCCUCGAGACAGCUCAAAUGAACUCGAAGAUUGGUUUUUCAAGUACAAAUUUGAGGAACCAUAUCUACUGUAUCGUCAGUGGCGUGAAUGUACUAAGGCUAUGAUCAGUAAGCAGCCCCUUCGGUUAAAGAAGAAGAUUGCAGUAACGGAGGAAUAUCUCAAGUUUGCUGAGAGAAGGCUUUCUGAAAACCCCGAGUUAGCCAAAGCUUACCAAGACAACCAUGGCAUUAUCAAGCUUAGAGAAGACUUUUUAAAAGAAAAAAGCCUAAGUGGCUCGGAUAUCAUCAAAAAAGUACUGGAGGAUAAUAGAGGCACUCUUCAUGAUGUCGUCGAUAAUAUCAUUCUAGUACCUAUCGGCACUCUUGGAUGUGGUAAAACCACCAUAGCUGUCGCUCUAUCCCAUCUUUUUCAAUGGGAAAUUGUGCAAAAUGAUAAUAUUCAAGGCAAGGGUCGACCACCCCGCUUUGUCAAAGAGGUAUUAGCAAAGUUAGAGGAGAGGCCAGUUGUAUUUGCUGAUCGAAACAACACGGAACGACGAGAAAGAAGACAAUUGCUCGAAGAUGUGUCCAGGAGCCACCCGCAAACUCGAAUAGUUGCUCUUCAUUUUGUUCAUAGUUUAGAAGCAUACAAUCGUAUUCGGCAAGUCACCCAAGCUCGGGUCAUAUCAAGAGGUGACAAUCAUCAAACUAUACAAGCAUCUUCAGAUAAAGAUAAAGUUAUCUCUAUCAUGGAAAACUUUAUGGAUAGAUUUCAAGCUUUCAAUGCUGAAGAAGAACCUGACAGUAAAUUUGACGCAGUAGUAGAUCUUGAUCCAACCCUAGAUUCUCGCAAAAACCUAGAAACAGUUAUAGAGCAACUACGAACUUUGUUUCCUAAACUUAUCGGUGACAUGCCGAAUAAAGAGGACCUUGACGAUGCGAUUAACUAUGCUAUCCAUGAUUACAAGAUGGCUAUCCAACCUAGAAUUCCAGGCCAUCUAGAUAAUAGUGUGUCAAAACAAAACAACAGUAAAAAUAAGUUACCCUCUAAAAAGCUUAAACCGAUGGAGUACUUUUGUGUCACAUUACCUACAGCUCAAAUACUACAGACUGUUACUAAUUGUUUCGAAUCAGUAUCCUCAAAUGAGAUUAGAUACUUUUGGAAGCUGCUAAACCGUGACAACCGCAUUCAAACCGAAUUUCACGUCACACUUGCCCACCAAUCUUCUGCGAAGAGUCAUCCUGAAUUAUGGCAAAAAUAUAUGAAACUAUACAGCGAAGCAUGCGAGGGGGAUCUUUCUAAAAAUCGGCAAAAGAUUGGCCAGUGCAAAAUCUAUCUAGAGCGGCUUGUCUGGGACGAACGAAUCAUGGCAAUUGUUGUCCGUCUCGUCGAUAAGGAAUGGGAUUGCGUAAAUCAAGUUGCCCAUAUUACUAUUGGCACUAGCGGUAAGAAAGUCAAACCGAAAGAGAGUAAUGAUAUGUUGGAAAAAUGGCUACAGCUUGGUCCUGGCGGAUACUCCAGGAUCAAAACUUUAGUGAUUGAGGGUUUCAUCAAUGUUGAGGGUACGGUUAUCGGAGUUCUAUCGAAUUAA